ACGAAAUUUUCCAACUUCAAAACUUCCCUCGAGUAUUGCUUUGCAACGAGUUUUUAUAUUCUAAAACAAUGAAUUCCAAGCGUAAGCCGUUCCAGAAGCCCGGUGAACCUUCCGGUUUCAACAAGAAAUUCAAGGCUCUUGACGAGGAUGAGGAUGAGUUCGAACCGGACUUCGAGGCGGAGCUGGCUGCCCUGGAAGCGGAAGAGGCCGGCGUUGAUGGGAUUGCUUCGGUUGGCCAGGGACCGGAAGCGGAGAAUACCUGUGCCAAGUGGAGUCGUCCAAAGCCACGGGAGUACCGCCAAGAUGAGGACCGACUCGUGUUCCAGCAGAUCGAUAUCGAUCACUACGUGGGCAAACCCUUGCCGAUGAUGCCCGGGUCACAGAUCGAGCCUGUUCCGGUGAUGCGAAUGUUCGGCAUUACGGAGGAAGGGAAUUCGGUUUGUGCUCACGUUCACGGAUUUGCACCGUAUUUGUACGUGGCUGCGCCACGGGGUUUCGACAAGUCGCAUCUGUAUGAGUUCCGGAAGGCGCUGGAUAAGUCGGUCAUGAAUGAUAUGCGUUCGAAUAAGGAGAACGUUCAGGAGGCGGUGCUGGAUGUGGAGAUGGUCGAGAGGCAGACGAUUCUGGGCUACAAUGGGGAGGAAAAGUUUAUGUUCAUCAAGGUGACGGUGGCGCUUCCACGACUGUCGGCCGCAGUGAAGAGAUUGUUGGAGAAGGAACAGAUGAUGCCGUCGAUGGAUUUUCAGGAUUGUAGAGUUUAUGAGAGUAAUAUCGAUUUCGACAUUCGGUUCAUGGUCGAUACGGGAGUGGUGGGGUGCAGUUGGAUUGAGCUUCCGGCUGGGAAGUGGAGGAUGAGACGCAAGGGGAAGAUCCCUGCUCCGGAGACCCGGUGUCAGAUUGAAGUUGAUGUGGCGUACAAUGAUUUCAUUGCUCACGAACCGGAAGGGGACUGGAGUAAGGUGGCUCCGUUUAGGAUUCUGAGCUUUGAUAUUGAGUGCGCCGGCCGUAAGGGCAUAUUUCCGGAACCUCAGCAGGAUCCGGUGAUUCAGAUUGCGAAUAUGGUGAUCCGGCAGGGAGAUCAGGAACCGUUCCUGAGGAAUGUGUUCACGUUGAAUACCUGUGCACCGAUUGUGGGUUCUCAGGUUCUAAGUUAUAAGACGGAACAGGAGCUCCUGGACAAGUGGGCUAGCUUUGUUCGAGAACUGGAUCCGGACAUUCUAACCGGGUAUAACAUUAACAACUUUGACAUUCCUUAUCUGUUGAACCGGGCGAGCCACUUGAAGGUGAAGAACUUUGAAUAUCUAGGAAGGGUGACCAACAUUCGAUCGGUUAUUAAGGAAACUGUUAUCCAAUCGAAGCAGAUGGGUAAGCGCGAGAACAAGUAUGUGAAUUUCGAAGGACGGGUCCCAUUUGAUCUGCUGUUUGUCCUGCUCAGAGACUACAAGUUGCGGUCCUACACUCUGAACGCAGUCAGUUACCAUUUUCUGCAGGAACAGAAGGAAGACGUCCAUCACAGUAUUAUCACGGAUCUUCAGAACGAGAACGAACAAACCCGUCGUAGAUUGGCCAUGUAUUGUCUGAAGGACGCCUACCUUCCGCUUCGGCUGCUGAACAAACUGAUGUGCAUCGUCAACUACAUGGAGAUGGCUCGUGUCACUGGAGUGCCUUUGAGUUGUCUCUUGACCCGUGGCCAACAGAUAAAAGUCAUGAGUCAGCUGCUGCGCAAGUCCAAGACUUGCGGAUACCUUAUCCCAUCCUACCAUGGUUCGGGUUCGGAUGAACAGUACGAAGGAGCUACGGUCAUUGAGCCCAAGCGAGGCUAUUAUGCAGAUCCCAUCACAACGCUGGAUUUCGCUUCUCUGUACCCCAGCAUCAUGAUGGCCCACAAUCUCUGCUAUACGACCCUUCUUCAGCCGGCUAACAAGGACAAAUUACACCUCACAGACGACCAAAUCACGCGGACUCCGGCCAAUAACCUUUUCGUAAAAUCCUCCGUUCGUAAAGGCAUCCUUCCUGAAAUCCUCGAAUCACUGCUUAGUGCACGUAAACGGGCCAAGGCCGAUCUCAAGAUCGAAACCGAUCCCUUCAAGCGCUCCGUCCUGGACGGUCGUCAGCUUGCCUUGAAAAUCUCAGCCAACUCUGUAUACGGUUUCACCGGAGCCCAAGUUGGCAAGCUCCCAUGUCUGGAAAUCUCUGGUUCCGUAACCUCCUACGGCCGAACCAUGAUCGAGCAGACCAAACAGGAAGUCGAACAGCGCUACACUGUAGAAAACGGUUACGAAAACGAUGCCGUCGUUAUCUAUGGCGAUACCGAUUCCGUGAUGGUCAACUUUGGCGUCAAAACCCUCGAGCGUAGUAUGGAACUUGGCCGUGAAGCCGCUGAAUUCGUCAGCCAGAAAUUCGUCAAACCCAUCAAGCUGGAAUUCGAGAAAGUCUACUAUCCUUACCUCCUUAUCAACAAAAAGCGCUACGCCGGUUUGUACUUUACUCGUCCGGGUCAGUACGACAAGAUGGACUGUAAGGGAAUUGAAACCGUUCGGCGUGACAACUCUCCGCUGGUCGCCAACCUUAUGAACUCCUGUCUCCAGAAACUGCUAAUCGACCGCGACCCGGAAGGCGCAGUUGAAUAUGCCAAGCAAACGAUCGCCGAUCUUCUGUGUAAUCGCAUAGACAUCUCUCAGCUCGUAAUCACGAAAGAACUGGCCAAAACCGAUUACGCCUCCAAGCAAGCGCACGUCGAACUGGCUAGCAAAAUGAAGAAACGCGAUCCCGGAAGUGCCCCCAAACUGGGCGAUCGUGUCCCGUACGUCAUCAUCACCGCUGCCAAAAAUUCACCGGCCUACAUGAAAGCCGAAGAUCCGAUCUACGUACUGGAAAAUUGCGUCCCCAUCGACGCCAAAUAUUAUCUGGAGAAUCAACUCUCCAAACCGCUUCUCCGAAUCUUUGAGCCCAUUCUCGGAGAGAAAGCGGAAUCCAUUCUCCUACGAGGGGAUCACACCCGGACGCGAUCGGUCGUGACGUCCAAAGUCGGUGCCCUGGCAGCGUUCACCAAGAAGCGGGACGCCUGUUUGGGUUGUAAGGCACUGCUCCCGGCCGGGUACGAAGGGCAAGCCCUGUGCCAGCACUGCAAACCCAAGGAAGCCGUGCUCUAUCAGAACGAAUUGACGGCGCAGUGUUCGCUGGAGGAUCGGUUCUGUCGGCUGUGGACCCAGUGCCAACGGUGCCAGGGCUCGCUGCACGAGGAGGUCAUCUGCACCAGCAGGGAUUGUCCGAUUUUCUACAUGCGCACCAAGAUCAAGAUGGAACUGGACACGCAGCAGAAGCGGGUGGCGCGUUUUGGGGUUCCAGCGUGGUAGUUGACCACCGAUGAGUA